AUGGCAUGCCCGCACAUCACCCAGAGCAGCAUCCACUUCAAGUGGUCGCGCAAGCUAGCCCCAGCCCUGACCGUGGCCUCGGGCACCGAAGUGACGUUUGAUCUACGCGAUGGCGGCAACAACCAAAUCACGCCGGAGAACCAGGCCACCAUCCUCAACAACCUCGACUUCAACUCGAUGGACCCCGGCUUCGGCCCCGUGGCCGUCGAGGGCGCCGAGCCCGGUGACGUGCUGCGCGUCGACAUCCUCGAGCUGCAGCCCGGCGCGUAUGGCUGGACCGCCAUCCUCAACGACUUUGGCCUACUGAGCGACGAAUUCCCAGAGCCGUCGCUCAAGAUCUGGGACCUGAGCCGCACCGCCAACCAGGGCUACGCCGAGUUCAAAAAGGGCAUCCGCAUCCCCGUGCGGCCGUUUCUCGGCGUCAUGGGCCUCGCGCCGCCCACGGACGAGGAGCUGUCCACCAUUCCGCCCUACGACUGGGGCGGCAACAUGGAUUGCAAGCACAUGACGGCGGGCUCAACGCUCUACCUGCCCGUGCAGACAACUGGCGCCCUGUUCAGCUGCGGCGACGGGCACGCCGCGCAAGGCGACGGCGAGGUGUGCGGCACGGCCAUUGAGACGCCGAUGCGGGCGCGCCUGCGCUUCACGCUCGAAAAGGAAAAACCGUGGGUGCGCUCGCCGCACUUCCUCACAAAGGAGGGCGCGCAGCCGCACGCCGACCGUGGGCAAGAAUACGCCGUCAUGGGCCUGGAUGCGGACCUGCGCGAGGCGGCGCGCAAGGCCCUGCGCUCGGCCAUCGAGUGGCUCGGCGCGGAAAAGGGUCUGGAGAGGUCGGAGGCGUACAUGUUGUGCUCGGUGGCCGGUGAUCUGAAGAUUGUGCAGGCGGUGGACAUGCCGCACUAUGGUGUCGUCUGCACGAUUCCGCUCGGUAUUUUCGUGGACGAAUGA